UUUCCACCAUAUCACAGCGGUACACAACCCUGCUGUGAAGAAUAACUUUUUUUUUGUUUUGUAUUUUUGAGACAAGAGUUUUCUGUGUAGCCCUGUCAGUCCUGGAAGUUUCUGUAGACCAGGCUGACCCCGAACUCACACAGAGGACUGUUUGCCUCUGCCUCCAGAUUGUUGCGCUUAAAGGUAUGUGCCACCGCUGCCCAGUGGCAAGGAUAACACUCGCUCUGUCUUUGCAGCCUCCAUCAGCUGUGUGCUGUGUUCUUCCAGCUUCGGGAUGGCCUGCUCCAUGCAUCUGGUCCUCCUUGUCGCCAUCUUGCUGAGUCUGGCAGGGACACCCGAGACUGUGCCUGUUCACAGGGGACGAGGAGGAUGGACCCUCAAUAGUGCUGGUUACCUCCUGGGUCCUGUGGUCCACCUUCCCUCAAAUGCAGACCAAGGCAGGAAGAGGGACUCGGCUCUUGAGAUCCUAGACCUGUGGAAGGCUAUCGAUGGACUCCCUUAUUCCCGCUCUCCACAGAUGACCAAGAGGAGCCUGGUAGAAACGUUUAUCAGACCAAAGAGUGAAGAUCUGCAUGUCCUGGACAGGGAUAUUCCCAGAGAAGCCGCCCUGAUAGAGACUUAGCCACACCUCACCCCUCACUCUUUUUCAGCUCAUCCGGCCCUCCAUCCCCUCUCAUUGCUCUGAGACCAAGACCCUACAAAACUAUCCCCAAAUC